CGCGGAUUUGAUCCCAAUCUUCCUGGCUUUUUUAACGUAAUUUCCUGAGGUUAAUAGCUCAAUUUCGAUAGCUCAAAGCCUCUUCUUCAGUUUAUCCCAGGCAGAGUAUAAAUCUAUCGGAUUUGUACCUACAUGCCCCAAUAUGUACACAUUUAGCGGGGUAUGGAUUGGAACCUCCCGUUUCGCUACCCAGCUUCCUAGGCUUCUUUAACUAGGUACCUAGUGCCUAUCUAGGCACAAGAUUAUUACGCGAUGUCACUUCACAGCUACGACGAUCAGAUUUCAGGUACGGUAAUAACUCCGCAUUUUGCGAAGUAUGUGUGGAUCGUUUCCCCAGAUUCUUCCAUUAGCAGUUAACUUGCGUAAAAUUUUGCGUACACUAUGCAUCUAGACCCCUGGCUAAGGACCUUUGACCAAGUUUUUCUAUAUUUGGAGGCAAUGAUGGGUUGUGUAUCCUAUCUUCAACUAUUCUUCUCUGGUUUGGGGUCGUCGAAGAAGCUUCACGAUAUUCCAAUUCUCAGCAAUGGCUUCUCGAUUAGUCAUUCACGAUGACUCAGCCUUCCCGGCUCCGAAUGAGGUGUACAAUUGGAAGAUAUACAUCUUGGCCAUAUGUGCCUCGAUGGGAUCAGCAAUGUUCGGUUAUGACUCCGGCUUCAUAGGCGGAGCAAUCACGUUGCCCUCCUUUGUGUCGAGGUUCGGACUGGGUACUUCUUCGUCAGAGCAAUCGGCCGCACUGUCCGCCAACAUCAUCAGCACUUUUCAAGCGGGAUGUUUCUUUGGUGCUAUUUUCAUGUCCUUCCUGGCUGAAAAGUAUGGCCGCAAAUUUCCCCUCAUCGCCUGUGGGGUUGUCUUCAAUGUUGGAACUAUUGUCCAAGUGGCCUCUACCGGCUCUCUUGGCAUGAUAUACGCCGGUCGAGCUCUGACAGGACUUGGUGUCGGGGCAGCAACUCUUGUUGUUCCGCAGUAUAUAUCUGAAUGUUCGCCCCCCGCGAUUCGAGGCCGCCUCGUAGGCAUCUUCGAGACCUCCGUACAGUUUUCUCAAAUUAUAGGAUUCUGGAUAAACUACGGCGUCAAUGAGAACAUAUCCAGCACGUCGGAUACGCAGUGGAGAAUCCCUUUCGCGCUGCAGCUUGCUCCAGGAACUUUGCUUAUCGUGCUCAUGCUUCUCCAACCCGAGUCACCGCGUUGGCUCAUUAAGACUGGAGAUACGGAUAAAGCAAUAAGAGUCCUUGGCCAGAUACGCUGUUUAACACAGGAUGACGGAUAUAUCGCCUGGGAAGUUGGUGCUAUCAAGCAGCAGCUUCAUGACGAAUCUGAGUUAGGCGCAACUCGUCCACUAGGUGCUAAGUUGAAAGAGAUCCUACAGAGGGGUAAUCGCAUACGACUAAUAUUAGGAAUGAGCAUCAUGAUGUUGCAGAAUUUGAGCGGAAUCAAUGCACUUAAUUAUUAUUCCCCGAAGAUUUUUAAAUCAAUCGGCUUUUCGGGAACCAGUGUCGGUCUUUUAGCUACGGGAGUCUUCGGCAUUGUCAAGGCUAUGACGACCUUGAUAUUCAUGUGUUUCGGGAUCGAUACCUUAGGACGCCGGAAACCCCUUCUGAUUGGAUCUAUUGGCGCAAUAAUUGCCAUGUUCUACCUCGGCGCGUACUCGAAAGUGUCAGGUUCUUUCCAGCACACUGUUGUGCAAGAUGGUGGUGCCUACGUCGCGAUCGUUAUGAUCUAUAUAUUCGCCGUGUUCUAUGCUUUAUCUUGGAAUGGUAUCCCUUGGGUAUUCUGCGCUGAGAUUUUCCCAACGGGGAUCCGAUCCUUGUGUCUUCUCUUCACUACUUGUACGCAAUGGCUAGGCCAAUUCAUCAUUGUGUACUCUACUCCGUACAUGAUGACGAAUAUAACCUAUGGAACCUUCUUUUUCUUUGGAAGUUUUUUGGUUGUUGGCGCUUUGGUGAUUUUCUUCUUUAUGCCGGAGACGAAAGGACUUUCUCUGGAGGAGAUGAGCGUCUUAUUCAAUGUUAAAGGGCUCGCUAUCACCCAGCGGAAGAAAGCCGACGAAAUAAUUGCAUCGCAGCGGGUUGCGGAGAAUGUUGCCGAUCUGAAGGAUGAGACGGAAUAUUCUAAUGUCGAGGGAGUUUAGGUUGAUCGUUACCUACUUACCGUAGGUAUUAGGCAGGUAGCUUUCUGUCAUGGAACAUUAUUCCGCAAGGCAUGAUCAAGGCAUGAUCAAGGCAUGAUCGAUGAAUAUGGAAUAGUGUUGCAAAAUUCAUCGGUGAAGAGAGUUAUUCCCUGGCAUUAUUCCCUACGACCGUUAAAAUACAAGUAAACUAUGCGUUUACCUAAA